GGUAAACACGGAAACGAACGGAAGCUUCCCCGCGGGUUGAAGCUACGGGGCGGGUUUGUUCCCAACAGGAUGGUUUAGAACGGUUCAGGUUAAAGUGCUGCUGGUUUUAGAGUCAGUUCAGUCCGAGAAGCUUUAAUUGAGACAAACGGAGGCAGCGGAGCUGGCAGUGAUGUCCACCAUCAUUCAGAGUCGGGGCGAAGUGGGCGGCGGCGUCGCAGCUCACCUCCGGUGCCCCCGCUGCAGCCAUUUAUCCAAGAGCCACGCCCACCAGCUGUCCCACAUCGCAGCGUCUCACCCCACCUCCUUGGACGGGAUUGCCAUGGGUCGCCUUGGCAACAUCCUGAUGUACCAGAGCAGCGGGCGGCUGUUCCACUGCUCCGAAUGCUUCUUCACCAGCCGAGACUUCACCAAACUCUACAAGCACAUCAUCACCAAGCACUGCAUGAACGAGAGGGAGGCGGGAGGAGGAGGCAGCGGUGAAAGAGGAGGUGAAGGUGGGGAUGAUGGGAGUGACAAGGGGGAGGAAGAAGAGGAGAAAGAGAAGGUUGCUCUGAAAAGCAAGGAGAGCAUUAAGACUGAAGAGGAGGAGCAGGGUGAGGCGGAGCAGAGAAGCUUGUUGAUGUUGGCCGACGGAGGCUACCGCUGCCUCAUCUGCAGCUGGAAACACAAGCAGAAAUCCGUCAUCGUCAGCCACGUGGUGCGCAAGCACGACCUCCCCAAGGCCUACGCCACCCAGGCCAUCAAACGCGAGGCCAUCAUGGCCGGCCAGACGCAGGGCGGCGGGGCAGAGGACGAGGAAGGGGGCGGGAUGAGCGAGGAAAUGGUGAAGGAGGAGGUGGCGGCCACGGCCAAGGUGGUGGGCUUCAUGUCCAACCGCUUCGUCUGCCUCAUCUGUGGCUGGAAAACCAAACUGAAAGGCUUCGUCAUCAGUCAUGUGGUGCGCUGCCAUGAUGUCGAGCGUCCGUACAGCUGUAAGGAAUGUGGGCGGAGCUUCUUCCUGCCCAGCCGGCUGCAGCAGCACGUCAGGGUGGCCCACCGGCCCGGACGCUACGCCUGCCCCUUCUGCUACUUCCGCUCCGAGUACCUGGGGGGCUUCAGGAGGCACUGCAGCCGCUGCAACGCCCGGGAGGAAGACGGCGCUGAGGGCGGAGGGGUCGGAGCAGGAGGGGAGGAGGAAGACGACGGGGACGAAGAGGAGCCGGAGGAGAGGAAGGAGACGAGAGGGACGAGGAAACGGAGGAGCUCUGGGAGGGUGAUAGAGGAGGAAGACCUGGAGGAUGAGGAUGAUGAUGACUGAAUGGACGCCGUUUCUGUAUUCUGUUUCAUGAAAUCCUAAAAAGUUUUUUUUUUUGUUUUUUUUUUCCAGAAUUUUGGUUGUCUCUGUUCAAGCUUGAUAUGAAAU